GGCUACUUUGUCUUUAGAAUCCAUGCGCUGGAAAGAUGGAUCUCUACUUGCGUUUCAUACGAUAAUUCUGGAGCACCAAUAUUAGCAACGUCGCGGGUUCUCUGGGACAGCAGGGCUAGCAAUCCUCAUUAACGAAGUUACAAAGUAGGAUGUCGAGUCUCCGUUACCGCUGCGCUGGCAAACUAUUUCUUGGGCUGGAACGGGGCGUUCUUGGGCGCCGACCCAGCGACGCGUUCGGAACCACGAAGGACAUCGAGGAAAGUAGCGCCCGAAUACUUAUAAAAGGGCCUCUCUUCGACGCUAUUUUCCAUAACCAACUGUUCUCUUAUCCUCGCUUCCUGCUAAAAAUCACCCUCCUUUCUUACACUCACCCGGCGCACUCUGUCUACUAAACACCAACUCUCACUCUAAUAAUAAUCGCCAUGUUCUUCUCCAAAGCCCUCGUUUUUGCCACUCUCGCUGUUGCAGGCGCCAGCGCAGCUGUUAUUGAGAAGCGUCAGAGCUACCUCACUGGUACUCAGACGGGUGAAGGUACUUCCUACGCCGUCGGCACCGGCGCAUGCGGCGUUCACAACGUCCCCAGCGACCUCAUCGUCGCCGUCUCCCAGCAGCUCUUCGACACCUACCCCGGCUACAAGGGCGGAAACCCGAACAACAACCCCGUCUGCGGGAAGAAGAUCAAGGCAAACUACCAAGGAAAGAGUGUCACCGUCACAGUUGAGGAUCGCUGCACCGGGUGCGCGCUGACCGAUCUCGACUUCUCCACCGGCGCGUUCGAGCAGCUCGCUCCCCUGUCUGUUGGAAGGCUCCACGGCAUGACCUGGACCUGGGUUUAA